GCGACUGGAAGCCAUUUUGCACAUAUAUGCACACUUCCACGCAGGAUAAAAUCUGUCAAUUCUUUGCAGGGAAACAACUGCUAGGACCUUCAGUGGUUUCUGAUAAGGCGAGUGCCCAUACACCAUCGAUUUUGUCGACCAACUCGUGCCAGCUACGCGGCGGGGCGCUGUAUCGAGCAUGCAGAAGGAAUGCCAUCCCUCAUCUCCUCCUCCGACAAGCGUAACCGAGGGACGGCGUUGUGUCAUGUGGAAAGAGACAGUUUUACUGCAAUGCUAUCUCAGUUGUUCCCGAGCUCUAAGCGAGAGUAACUGACCCGAGAGGAAGGGGGUGUUGCCGUGCUCUCGCUCUGGCACCGUCCACACGCGUUUUUUUCCGCUGCUUAAUUUGGACCAGCUUCGCAGCAGAGGAAGGAAGAGGCAGGUGCGGUUUCAUUCGCGAUUCGGUGUUCGCAGUGAGCGCCACUUUCUCCCCUCUGCAUUCUUCGGAUGGACUUUAAUUUCAGUCUCCCUCUCUCAGAAACAGCGGGGUGGACUGAAACGAUUCACAACCAGGGCAUUUAUUUCGGAUGACUCGCUCUCCUAGGAUCAGCACUGCAAUCUGGGUCUCAGUCCUGAAGAGCAACAUAUAUCUGGAGAAGAAGACUGCAGAAAGCCUGGAGAGGUGGGAGCGUGGACAUUCUGGCUGAUAUCACCCCGGAAUAAAGACACCUUUUGCAAGUUUCAGAUUUUAUGAAGGAAAGUGUAUGUGUGUUUGGCCCGACUGUAAGGAGAGAACUUCAACAUGAACACAGAUAGCGGAGGACGUGCUCGCAAAAGCACUUCACUGUCUUUCACGCUCUCCUCCAUCAAGAGGGUCCAAAGCACUCCUAACCUGCACUCAGCUGCAGGGAGUGACUCUCACUCAUCAGAUUCAGAUGCAUGGCGGUCCCGCAGUGCCACAGAUGGGAUGAGAAAUGGGGACGCAGGCAGCUCCUCUCUGGCUGCCAAAGGCUUCCGCAGCGUCCGACCCAACCUACAGGACAAGAAGUCUCCGACACCGGUCCCACUCCCACCCCCUCGGAGAGAGAGCUAUCAGAUGACACCCCAGGGUGUUGACCCCCCUUCUUAUGGCUCAUUGGCCGCUUUGGCCGACUCCCAGAUGCCCAACACUCUCUCUCUCGCCCAGAUGCCCAACACUCUCUCUCUCGCCCAGAGCGCGGCUGGGGUCACCCAGAAGGGCUCCUACACCCUUAGCACCCACACCAGGUCCUCCUACUCCUACUCAAAGAGAACCAUCACCUCCUCCUCCUCCACUGCCGUCCCACCUGCACCCUCUGAUCCAGACCCCCCUGCCCAGACUAAUGAUCCCCCAACUCCCAACACUAAUGAGCCCCCAACUCCCAACACUAAUGAUCCCACACCUCCCAACACCAAUGAGCCCCCACUUCCCAAAGCCACCAGCACCAACAGCAACAUCAGCUCCAUCAAGAGCGGCAGCAGCAGUAACGCUCACAGCACCCAGGUCCAGCUGCGCAGGGUGGCCACCCUUCAGCUCACCCCAUCCACCGCCCCUGACCCUCCAGCUCAUGACCCCCCCGCCCAGCAGGAGCCCCCCAGCACCAACACAGGCCCCCCACCAGGCCCCGACCCCCUCUCAAGCACCCCCCCAACCCCCACGCCUACGGCUCCUCCUGCUCCCCCUCGCCGAAACUCCACUAACACCGCCACUGCUGCCCCUUCCCCUGAGACACGCCAGGCCUCUCUCUCCAUCCAGAUGAAUCCCCCCAGGUCCAGCGCAGGCCCCCCAACUGCCCCAGAGGCCCCCGAGGAGAGCCGGACGGCCCCACCCAUACCCCCAAGACCGGCCGGAGACCUGGUGCCUGACGGGUCCCCGUCCCGAGCGCGCACCACCUCCCCCCGAGGACCCCUGUCCCCCGAGGCCGGCUCACGGCGCUCCCCCUACAGCCGUGCCAGCCAGGGCUCCCCAGACUUCCUGUCCUCGGCCCUGUCCCCGACCCCCUACGCCCCCCUGGAGCGCGGUGGCCCCGUGGUGGGGGGCGGCGGCGGAGGAGGUGCGGGUGGCGGCGAUUCACCGGUCACCAUCUCGGCGCUGAGCCACUACUCGUCGUCGACGGCCGUGCUGGACGAGCUGCAGAUCUGUGGGCUGGACUCGUCGCCCGGGGGCUCGGCCACACCGUCGCCCACGCUCAGCCAUGCCUCCAUCACCCCCGACGACGGCCCGGCUUUAACCGCCACCAUGGCCACCGCUGUCACAAGCGCCGCCACUAACGGUCAAAUGGCCAUGAAUGGGAGUUCUACCCAUGCAAGCAGCCCACCAAGUGUCCCCCAGAGGCCCUUCUCUCCUCCAGCCUACCCUCCUCCUCCCCCCACACUCAGCCCAGGCAUGAUGCGGGUCCAGCAGAGCCGCAGCUCAGAAUCAUCUGAGUCUGUAAUGCGUGAGUCAGUGGUGACGGGUCAGACCACAGUCAGCAGCACAGUGCCCAUCGCUCGCUUCUCCGAGGAAGAGAAGAAGGUGUCCGUCAUCAAAGCGCCACACUACGAGGGCAUCGGCCCUGUGGAUGAGUCGGGAAUCCCCAUCGCCAUCCGAACGACAGUGGACCGGCCAAAGGACUGGUACAAGACCAUGUUCAAGCAGAUUCACAUGGUCCACAAGCCAGAUGAUGACUAUCCGGACACAUACAAUGCCACCUACACCAUUGUCAACAACGACAACUACAACCCAGUCCACGCUCACCCCCCUCCUCGCACACACACCUACCGCCCGCUGGCCAAGCCCGUUGCCGGGGACGACGGUGGCGCCCCUCUCCGGGAGCCAUCUCCCUCCCCCGUCCCCCCUCCGCCGCCACCCAUGCCUUCGCUACUGCAGCUCCGCUCGCGCGACUAUGACCGGGAGCGCGACGCGCUGCACGACAUGAAUGAGUACAGUCCACCGGACAGGAAGGUGGACACUAGGAAGUACCGUGCCGAACCACGCAGCAUCUUUGAGUACGAGCCGGGGAAGUCCUCCAUCCUGGAACAAGAGAGACCAACAUAUGGUUUAAACCCCGAUGACAUAGAUUUAGAGAACGAGCCUUGGUAUAAGUUCUUUUCCGAACUGGAGUUCGGUCGGCCGCCUCCUAAAAAACGUCUGGAUUAUAAUCCAGACAUCUCCUCCACUCGUGCCAUCAUUGAGAGCUCGCUUCACAUCUCCCACCCGGACCGCGUGCCCGAGAGGCCGUCAAGUGCUGCCAGUGACUACAGGAAGAGAAGAAAGUCGGAGCCCACGGUGAGUCAGCAGAACGCUGCGGCCGAGCAGAAUGCGUCGCAGGCCUUACCUCAGGCCCACCAGCCCAGCCGAGCCAGCACACUGAAGAAGCCCAGCGCACGCUCGUCCCCCUCAUCACCGUCCAGAGCCAAAGGCAGCAUAACACGGGUGAGGGGAGAGAGAUGGUGUCUCCGCGCUCGGCCUCGGUGCCCCUGUGCCCGUCGCCCCCCUCCCCCGCCGCCAGGCCCCCGGCACUCGCUCUGCUCACGCGACAGCUGGCAGACGCACAGGCAGGACGCGGCCGACGCCUGGAGCAGCACGGAGGACGCGUCCAACGCCCCGACGCCCCCCAGCUACACGCCCGGCUACACCCCGACCCCUCCGCUCACCCAGCCCCCGCCGCGCCUCAAGUCCCGCAGCUGCGAUGACCUGCUGUCGGACGGGCCGGGCCUGCACCACGGCGGCCGAGGGCGAGGGGGCCCGGGGGUGCGCGGCGGGGGCUCCGCCUUGCCGACCGCCACGCGCUCCGAGAGCGCCGGCUCGCUGCUUUGCGACGGCUCGGUCGCGUCGCUGGACGGUGGCUCGGGGUCGGCGUCGCCGCGCCAGCCCCAUCAUCAUCAUCACCACCACCAGCGGCGGCGCCGGGCACACGACGCGCCGGGCUUCCUGCAGCUCUACAAGAAGAUGCACCGCAUCAACCGCGCCGAGCUGCUGCCGCCCGAGGUCAUCCGGUCAGUGCGCGCGCGCAUCCUGGAGCUGGAGAAGCACCAGCAGCAGUGGGGCAGCCCCAGGCUGGGUGGGGGUGGCUGGGCACCUUGGGGCGGCGAGGUGCCCCGCGACAUGGUGCCCACGCGCAUCUCCGCGUACGAGCAGAUGAUCCAGAAGUCCAAGUCCAUGCCCAACCUGGGCGACGAGGCGCCCUCGGGGGCCACCACGCCCGGCUCCUCGUCCCGCGCCAGCAGCGGCGGCUGCCCCAAGCGCCGCUUCUCCAUCGAGUCGCUGCUGGAGGAAGAUACUCCGACCGGGCCGCCUCCGGGAUCGUCCGUCUCGGCGUCGGCCACGGCCUCGCCGUCCUCGCCCACGCCACCCGAGAGGCGUCCCAGGAGCCCCCCAGAGGGCCAGCCGCGUGCCGGACCCUCUGACGGAUUCCCCCGCCAGCACAGGCCUCCGCUGCACACGCACAUCGGCGUCCACUCCCACCACCACCAUCACCAUCAUCAGCACCACCACCCUCUGGACAGGCCGCGUCCCGCCAGCGCCACUCCGCACCAGCAGGGGGAGUACUCGGACAGCGAGGCCGACGCAGCCGCCUCCGACCUGAGCGACUUCGUCCAGCUGGAGGCCUCAUCCUUCUGCAGCGAGAGCGACUUUGACCACUGCUCGCUCACCUCGUCCGAGAGCUUCUACGCGUCAGCCGCCAGCCGCCACCAGCUCCUCCACCACCACCACCACCACGGCCACACUCACACGCACACUCACGGUCACCACCAGAGCCACCAGAGCCUGGGCCAGAGCCAGGGCUUCCAGCACCGCCACCUCAUCAGCUCCUGCAAGGGCCGCUGCCCAGCGUCCUACACGCGCUUCACCACCAUGCGCAGGCACGAGCGCGAGCGCGCCCGCCUGGAGCCGCGGCCGCCCACCACCACCCCCACCCACGCCCACCCGUCGGCGCUCUCGCAGCCCGACCCAGGCCUCUCCAAGCUGGCCUUCCUGGUCAGCCCCGUGCCUUUCCGCCGGAAAAAGGGCUCUCCCUCCGGAGGCGGCGACGGCAACGGCGACUGCGGAGGCGGUCAUCAUCGCCGCGCCCGCUCCCGACCGCGCUCCAAAGCGGCCAUGUACGAGGCGCUGGACGCCGCGCUGCAGGAUAUCUACGAGCACAUCCGUGCCGAGCGGGCUGGCCGCGGCGAGGGCCAGAGCCUGCGCGAUGGCGUGGCCCGUCUCCCCGAUGACAGCAUCCUGCGCCGGCUGCUGGAGGAGCUGCUGCCCGACGUGCCUGAGAGGAGCUCGUCGCUGAAGAGCCACCGGGGCGGGCACUUUGGCGGGCACCACAGCGCGGGGGCCUCGCCUCCGCCUCCCUCCCGCACCAGCAGCAGCCUUACCCCCCCCCACCCCCACCAAGCCCCCCAGAGCAGGAGCCAGCAGGGCUCCCCUAGUGGCUACGCCUCGCCCUGCAGGGCCGGCUCAGACCUCAGUGCCUCCCCCUACCGGCACCACCACCACCACCACCACCACCACGCAGACGCCUCCAACAACAACCACCACCACGCCAACGCCAACGCACACUGUUACUCAGAUCAGACAUCGGACACUGGCCGCCAAACCCCCCAGCACAGAAGGCCCUCCCCCAACAGAGAGGUCUCCCAUAAGCAGAUGACAUUUCUCAUAUUGUCUUCUCUCCUUCAUCAGAAACAGCCUGCCAGAGCUAUUUAUGAUUUUAAGGCACAAACGGCCAAGGAGUUGUCCUUUAAGAAGGGUGAUGCUGUGAACAUCAUCAGACAGAUUGAUGGCAACUGGUAUGAGGGAGAGCACCGUGGACGCGUGGGGAUCCUCCCCAUCUCCUAUGUGGAGAAGGUGCCUGCGGUGGAGAAGCAGCCCCAGCCGGUGCGUCCUCCUCCACCCGCCCAGGUGAGAGAGAUGGGGGAGGCAGUGGCUCGCUACAACUUCAACGCUGACACCAACGUGGAGCUGUCACUCAGAAAGGGAGAGCGUGUUAUCCUGCUCAGACAGGUGGACUCCAACUGGUACGAGGGGAAGAUCCCAGCCACAGGCAAACAGGGCAUCUUCCCCAUGUCCUAUGUGGACAUCAUCAAGAGGUCUCCCUCCAAGAGCCCUGCCCACCGCUCCGACCGCCCCAGCUCCAGGAGCCACAAGAGCGCCUCCACCCUGCACUCCCCUCCCGUUCCACAGCACCCCCUGCAGGCCAUCACGGAGGAGUGGCUGUCCCUCACUCUGGGCCUCCAGGACCUCCUGUCUCCUCUCUACCCCUCCACCACCACCACCCCAGCCACCUCCGUCUGCAGCACCCCCGUCCCCCCCCUACCGCCCCCUUUCCCCACCUGCCUGCUCCCCGGUCUGGGCUCUGUCAACCCCGCGGUCGGCGUCACUCCGCCCGCUCCACCCAAACGUGGCCUCACGCCUCCGCCUAGAAGCCACCACCACCCUCCAGCCAGGCAGGGGGUCACCUCCCCAGACUACCCCAUGUCCCCAGUCAGACAGGGGCUCACCUCACCGGACUACCCCAUGUCCCCAGUCAGACAGGGGGUCACCUCCCCAGACUACCCCAUGUCACCAGUCAGACAGGGGCUCACCUCACCGGACUACCCCAUGUCCCCAGUCAGACAGGGGCUCACCUCACUGGACUACCCCAUGUCCCCAGUCAGACAGGGGCUCACCUCUCCGGGCUACCCCAUGUCCCCAGCCCUGUGCCAGAGCCCUCCUCGGGUCCUUGCCCAUGGUGUGCCAGGCUCCACUCCUUCACUACAGAGUGGCAGCAGAUUGAGGACCAUAGAGGAGAAGCCGUCAGGGCCUCCCACAGAUCAGACAGAGCCAGACUGUGCUGAGCCACCUGGCUGCCCAACUCUAGGCUCCCCCUACAGGCCAAGCAAAGCACUGCAGGUAGACACAGGCCAGGCUGGUCAUAGUGUACAGGACCCGUACGACGAGCUCCUGUCCAUGCUGCUGGACACCCAAUCAAGAUAUGAGGAUGGGGCGGGACUGUCAAAGCCAUUGCUCAGUGACACAUCCAUCAACCUCCAGAACAAACCUAAGAGUGCGGAGAGUAAAGUGGACGAGCCUUAUGGUUUAACCACACAGAGUCUCCUCUCACCUAGACCGCAGAGUACUGGUCACUCUGAGUCCGAUCUCUAUAGACAGCAGGCGGAGGACAUUCUCUCUGGCAUAUUUAACAGCCAGUCAAAGCUCAUGCAUGGCCACUCUGAGUCUAUCAAGUCAAUCAGCAGCAUUGGGGAGACAGGGCUUCCAGAGCUGUACAUACGAGAAGAGGAAGAGGAGGAGCUUGAUGAAAAGGAAUCUGACGAAAAAGACUCAAAGCCAAUCACAGACGGUUGUAGUGGACACUCAGCUAAGGCUGUGGAUCGUCUUGGUACCUCUGAACACUCCUCUUCUGUCUCUUCCUUCAACCCUUCUACCACUUCUUCUCUUCCACACCCCUCCCCUCCUCCCUCUCCCCUCAUCCCUCCUUCUCUUUGCUCUUCCUCCCCAAAGCCUCUAUCCCCUGUUCUUUCUCCUGUCCUCACGUUGCUCCUUGCCUCGUCUCAGUUCUCUCAUCCUUCUGCUCCGUCUCCUCCACCUCCAUCUAGUCCUCCAUCUCAUCGUGAGUCAUCUGCUCCUCCAUCGCUUCCUUCAUGCCCUCCUUCCUCCCCUCCCCCUCCCUCUCCCCCGCUCCCUCGCUCCACUCCUCCUACUCCUCCUCUUUGUCCUUCUCAACUCCCCACAUCAUCUCCACAAGCCAGUAGCAUUCCAUCUCCUCCUCCUUUGCCUGCUACCCGAACCUCCAGCAUCCCAGAAUCCCCUGCCUCUCCUGCCCUCCACCCCUCCUCACCCUCUCUCCUCCGCUCUCUCCGCUCUCCUCCUCUCUCUACCUCUCAUGCCUCUCAGGAUCCUGCCGCCAUUCCGUCUACUCCUCUGCCCUCUCUCCCUUCCUCCUCUCCUCUCCCCUCCUCCUCCUCCUCAGUGCCUGGUCCAUCCUCCUCUUCGUCCUCCCCCAGUGCGCGCUCUCCCGGCUCCUCCCCGCGUCCGCAUGUCCGUCCCUCCUCUCCGGUCUCCUCCCCUCCUCCCUCCUCUCUCCCCACCUCCUCUCUCUCCCUCCACACGCUGCUUCCCACCAUCCCGGCGUCUCCUCCUUCACCCUCCUCUCCCUGCACUCCUCCCUCUUCUCCGCUCCCUCCAUCUCUGCUCCCUGCGCCACAGGGCUCCACACCUCCCUCAAAUGAGCAUCCAUCCUCUCAUCCUCCACAAGCUACUGUUUCUCUACCUUCCUCGGCCCCAGACGCCUCCAUUGCGCUGUCACACCAUCCCUCUUCACCUCCUCCCUCUUGCUCCCCUACUCUUUCCCCUGUUCCUCUCUCCUCUCCUCCUACUCCGCUCUCUCCCUCUCCACCUCCUCUCUCCACCUCUUCACCACCUCCAUCCUCUGCACUGCCAUCUGAAAUCCCUCCAUUUUCCCAUCCCCCACCCACCUCCAUCCCUCCCUCUCUCCCGGUCCCCACCCUCCCUCCAGUUCCUCUCUCCUCCCCUCCUACUCCGCUCUCUCCAUCCCCCCCUCUCUCUCUACCUCCUCCCAUGUCUUCCUCUCUCCCUCUCUCUUUCUCUCUUGAUGCUCUCUCCUCCCCACCUGCUGCCUCUGCACCCCCUUCACGCACCUCCCCUCCUGCUCCUGCUGCUCCUGCUCCUGCUCCUCCACCUGUCUCUGAUGCUCCUCUCUCCCCCCGAGUGGAGCCGAGGUCUCCUAAGAUCAAGCCGGUCUUUAAGCAGGACGUGGUGUUGGGGGGUAAGCCUCCCCGCAGCCCCGUCUCAUCCCGGAGACUCUGCCUGUCCCCCCACAGGAGCCGAAGGAGGAUCACACAGGACUCUCACCAUGGGCCUGGAGACCCGUUCCAGGCACUGUACAACUACAUGCCACGGAACGAGGACGAACUGGAGCUGAAGGAAGGAGACAUAGUGGACGUCCUGGAGAAGUGUGACGACGGCUGGUUUGUGGGAACAUCCCGAAAAAGCAAGCUUUUUGGCACCUUCCCAGGAAACUACGUGAAGCAGCUGUAAGGCUGUUUCUGACCUUCUCUGUCUGUCUGUCCAGCACAAACCUCACUACUCACCGUCUGCGUGAAGUCACGCGCCAAUCACACCUGCGUGUGUGUGUGUAUCUGUGUGUAUGUGUGUGACUGAAAACUCCUGACCUUAUGUGUAUGGGCACUGUCCACUCAAGUUACCUUUAGCUCCAACUAGCCAUCUUUACAAGAGACAUUUUCACAGACAUUGAUUGAUUCGGGGAUUCUUUUACAUACACCAAGCUUUUGUAUCCCACCAUUGCACGACUCCCAUCUCACCCAGGAUGGCUGUCGAUCUCCCAACCCAGGCCAGUACACACGCUGUAGUCAACACAUUCUCUGAAUCUCGGAGGUGUGUGUUUGUGUGUGUGUGUGUGUGUGUGUAUGUGUGUGUCCUGUGAUAUGCAAUAACAGCAGAGUGCUCCACAGGGGGAGGGGGGGCUCCGACAGCUCAGUAAAACUCACAGCAGUUGGACAAACCCUACAUCCCAGGAGGGGAAAAGGACUUCCUGGUUGUCAGCGAUCAGUCAUGCUCGCAGGAGUCCAUAGCCCACCACUGCCUACACUCUCCCAGUCUGAAAGUGUCUUCUGUGUGAGGACCGAGAGGUCCGAAGAAUGAGGAGGUGACCCGCGGGAGACAGUGGAGUGGCAAUUACAGCAGUAUUUGGACGCAGCCCAUAGAACGACUCUCAGUGGGCUCAGUCCCAAAUCACACACUACAGGAUUCUUCAAAAGAGGAUCAGGACGCAGAGUCCAUCAUAACAGUCAAGUCCUUUCAACAAUUCCCCUCAAAGGAUUGUGCAGGUUUAGAUAAAAGCAAUGGUGUUAGGUUGAGCAUAUGUAUGUUUUAGUAUUUGCUUGUAACAAUAGUAUUUAUAGACACUUAGGUAGAAUGUAAACUAUGAAUUUUUUGCCCCAGUUAAGAUCUAUUUCAUAAACAGCUCUGAACCAUCAUUGUAUUCUAGAUAGUCAUUUUAUGAAGUACACUUGUAGAAGUGGCAAUCAAUUAUAUAUUCUGUAUUAUUUCUAAUACUUGUAUAAUGAAGUGCAUUUGAACUUCCGACUAAAAUGGAUUUCUAGAUUGAAUUCCAGCAUUUUCCGAAAUUUGUUUUGUCCUGAAUUGGGUGAACUGUCUCUGUAUAUUAUUAUUAUGAAAAAUUGGAAAAGUCUGAUGAUCCUUUUGAAUCAGAUUAUGGCGAUGUUUUGAAGAGUAUUUUGGAGUAAAGAGAGAAUUAGAGGAAGAGUAAUCAAGUAGCAGUAUUGGCAUAAACCCCACCUUACUCUCCAUGAGUUCUGAUUGACACCAGAGAAAUGGCUGUGUUAAAGACAAAUGGGAGACACCAUCGUUUCCCACAUCUCUCUGUCCUCUCUCUUGAUCCGCACUGAUGUGGCCUACGGUUUAUACUUGCACCAUUGUUUGAAUCAUUGCAUUUCAUUGGAAUGUUUUUUUUUUUCCCUGAUUUCAUGGUUACUAACUCAGUGCAGGAGUCUUCAUCUCUUAUAGCCACUGUAUUCUCUACUGCUUAUGUUUCUUCAGGCAUCACCUUGUAAUGCUAAAGACUUUGUUAAAAUACAUUCUUGUUGAGUUGCUUUCAAUCAAUAUAGACUUCAGGGCUUGUUAUUUGGUAUUUGCUAUUUGAUUCAGAUGUUGCGCUUGCUGGAGCACAAGUAGAAGUGAAGCUCAGAUAUGUGAUGCCAGUUCUCUCCAGGCGUGACACUUCUGUUGAACAACCCAGACAGUUGCUAGUACUGAGGCAGACCCAACCUGAUCCAGCCCGGAUAUAAACCGGGUCAGGCCCGGAUAUGAGCCGGAUCUGAGUCAGAUUUGAGCCGGAUCUGGAUCUGAGUCAGUGCAAGUUUCUGUUUAGGCAGCCUUAGUGUUUUAACGAGUACAAGCCUUUGGUAUUCUUUCACCUCUCUUAAUGAAGUAGUGAAUGUGUAUGUCUGUACGUGUAUGUGUUUGUGCACUGAGUGACACAGACAACUGAAAAAAAAAAAAACAAAUAUAUAUAUUUUAAAAAGCACCUUAAACCACACAUUAGUUUACUUUUACAAUGCAAUUGUUUUCUCUCAUCCUCUCUUUCUUCUUUGCAUCACUCCAUCCUCUUGUGUCCCUCCUACACUGAGCUCACUGUAUUGCCUGCAGUGUUUUUUGUAUGUCUUUUUGUAUGGAACUGUAAAUCAAAGAGAGUCACUCGCUUUAUAAAGGCAUUUCUUUCUCACCCAG